AUGAAGCAAGCUCUUGAAUCAUGCCAGGGCCCAAGUUCAAUUCACUUGACCUAUUCUUUCUCUCCUUCUGGAGACGAGGCUAGAACACGCCUAGGCUUAUUCGAGUCCCUUCUACGUCAAUUGGUCCCUCAGGCACCAGAGGCCUUCAAAGGCAUCAAGGACAGGUUCGACAAGACCCAGUCUUGCUUACCCCCUAAACAACAAGUAGCCUGGAACGCGCAAGAACUUUUUGACGAACUGAUCAAAAUUCUUCCAAAGAUCCUCAGAACUCACUCGGUCUUUAUCUAUGUCGAUGGUAUCAAUUACUCGGAAGGCGAAACGGGUCCCAAGCUUGUGCCAGACUUUGCCAAGUUGGUCGAAAAGUCUCAGAUUCCCACCAAGCAUCCUACCAUAACUCAGGGACCGAGAAUCAUCUUUUCUAGCACGCCUUAUUCUAUGAAAGAUCCCUUUCCGAGAUCGUGUAUUCAAGUUGACGAAAAGAAUGGACCAAGUUUGAGAAGGCAUUUGGAAGGGCAACUCUCCAAUAUACAUCUAGUUUCUACGAAGGCUGGAUCUUCGUUCAUCGCGGCUCGUUUGAUCGUGAAUCACAUCAAGCUGUUCGGGCCUGGGCAGUCAUCCCUUGUCCAACAGCCGUCGCCUACACCUGCGCCAAUCUCGUUUUUGCUAGGCGCUUAUUUCCAGGACAUGGCACACCAGGGUAGCAGUGGUCUCCUUUCACUAUUCAGAUGGUGUUGCUUGUCAUCGAGGCCACUUAGUUUGCCUGAGCUUCGGGUCGCUUUGGCUCUUGAUGCACUACCUAAGGUCGUUUCCAUCAAGGAAUUGUCACAUACAGAAUACUUAACGCGAUUUGGUUCCGACGAGAGCUUCCAAUCCUGGAUCAAGACUACUUCUUGGGGUCUUCUUGAAGCUGUGACGGUGGGCGGUGAGAAAGUUGUGAAGCCUAUGCAUAACAGCGUGUCGGAUUCCUUUAUCUCAAAGGGGCUGGACAUUCUUUCUUACAAAGCUCAGUCCGCAGGGGCCACUUCCUCUCCUUUCCAGCAGGCUCAUCAUUCCAUCGCCACUUGCCUCCUGCGAUAUCUUACAAUCCUGUCCAAAGAACCAAGAUGGGAGUCUAUGGCUCGAACAAACCCAGCACUCCGACUUGUGGGAUACGCUGCUAGCUGGUCUUAUCACAUCACUUCUGCAGGCUUGGGGAAACCAGAAGCCUCAAAGCUCCUGAAGGUGCUAGCUUGGUCGUCGGAUCAAACACUCAAUGUCUUGGUCAAACUUGGCCUCGGUGAUAUCCAGGGGACACUCUGGACUCAUUUGUUUGCCAUCUAUGGCCAUGCUCACUUCCUGUCAGUCGCUGUUAGAAAAGCUGGAAAUGAUGUCCUUGAUGUGCAGGAUCGCCAAAAGAGGACGCCCCUGCACCUGGCUGCUCGUCAUGGCCACUCGACUGUGACAAAGCAACUUCUCAAAUCGGGAGCAAAGACGAACGCCCAGACAGUUGUCGGGGAUACAGCUCUUCACUUUGCGGUUCUUCAAGGUCAUCAAAGUAUCAUGAAGUACCUGCUUGAGCGUGACCCGAAUUUGAUCACUGUAGCAGAUGGUCAGUCGCAUACGCCACUGUUCUCGGCCGUCUUUCGUGGAAGCUCGUCUGCAGUAAAGCUUUUGAUCGAUAGAAGAGCCGACCUCAGGGCUCUUGACACAUAUGAAACUCCGUCCUACAUCAUGCUUGGCUCAGACGUCAAUCGACAGAAUUCCCAGGGUCGUACCCCUCUACAUCUUGCCAUCGUCGGAGAUCACUCUUCUGCCGUCAAGGCAUUGCUUGACAGUCGUUCUCGAACAGAUAUCGCAGACAAUCUGGGCAGAAGAGCUCUCCACGAGGCAGUUUUGUCAGGUAACAAAGCCUGUACCCAACUUCUGUUGAAGCACAGAGUGGCUGUUGAUGCAAGGGAUAACGAUGGUCAGACGGCACUCUUAUAUGCUAUUCGAGUCCGCCACGGAAGCCUCUUGAAGCUUUUACUUGAGGGCGGUACCGAUAUCAAUGCCAUGGACAAGUAUGGUUCCACAAUGAUCAUGGUUGCUGUUCAAGCGUCUGACGAGAAACUCACGCGAACCCUGCUGGAAAAGAACCCGGAUCUUAGUCGACUAAGUCGCGAAGGACACACCAUCGCUUUCUAUGCCGUUUUCAGAGGAAAAGCAGUAUCCUUUCUGUCCGAAGAAGAACAGUCGAUCGCUUCGUUGCUCUUUAGACGCUAUCAGAAAAGGUAUCAGGUGUGGCAUCCCGAGUGGAAGGAGUGCCAACAAGAGUUCAUGGCCAAACACAGGAAGAAGAAAGACACAAGCAGUAACAUGAAGAGCAAGGCAAAACCUGCCAAGGUUAAGAGCGCCCUUCUGCCAUCCAAAAACGAUGCUGCUCCAAAGUCUCGAAGAUCAUCCAAGGUCCCGUCCAAUAUCGUCUCAAAGACAACCAUCAGUGUUCCUAAAUCUCGAGCUGGUGAGCUUAAGAGACCUCAAGAGGCUCGAGGACCUCCGAAGCCUGCACCACGGAAUGGAGUGCCAAGAAAGCCCCAGAGCCAGAGUCAAUCCCAGAUCCAGAGCCAAGAUAGACCUCAGGUGACGCAUCAGAGAAGCCAGGGAUGCAGCAAGUUAGACCAGUUUCGUCCUUCGCGAAUUAACAACCUCCCCAGGUCCCCAGCGGGAGUGAAAGUGGAAGUGCUUCAGAUGCGAAAGCCAAGGAACAGUCCUCAAAGCGUCCGCAAGUUCCUCUUCUACUUUUCCAGCGAAAACCCCCAUAGUACAAAGAGGAAGUUGAGAUAUUUACAGUUCCCUAACAUCAGGAUCUCCAGCAUCAGGAUCUCCAGCACCUAUCCAGACCGUACAGUCUCAGAAAUCGUAUGUUCCAUAUCCAGGUACGCCCCAAACAAGCCCCGGAGCAAGUCCGGCUUCAACACAGUCGUUGCAGACAUUCCAACCAUUUUCCGUCGGCCAAGCCCAAAAGACUUCUUCAUCCACAGCCCCAGUGCCUCUCAGCCAGUUCGAGAAGAGGUAUUCCGUACCGUCGCUUAA